AUGCCUAGUCUCGCGCCGUCAAGGCACUCAAACCACUACGGGAAAAUCAGGCGCUGCCGUGCAGCCAUGCUUUGCCGUGAGCUGCUGCACGGCAAAGAUUUCUUUGCCGUGGGUUUCUGGCCAGAUCGAGCACGCGCCCGCACCUGCCUCCUCCCACGCGCCAAGCGCCGCCGCCCACCUCCUGCUCUCCUCUGCCCCUCCGGCCAGCCGCCGUCGCCAGCCCCCACCGCCCACGCCGCCGCCGCUGCUGGCCCCACCCGCCCACGCAGCCGCCGCUGCGGCCCCUCCGCCCACGCAGCCGCCGCUGCUGGCCCCUCCGGCCAGCCGCCGUCGCCAGCCCCCACCACCGGGGACCAGCCUUCCGCCGCCGCCGUGCUUCAAGGAGGUGGGUGGGGGAGGACCAGGGAGGAGGAGGGGGGUGGGGAGGACCAGGAGGAGGAGGGGGACGAGGAGGACCUCUCGGAGGAUGAGGGGUUGGGGAACUUAGUGUUCGAUCCUGAUCCAAGCCUAGAGUGGUGUGAGCCGGAGGAUUACCAGUACGUUCCAGCUUUGGAGAGGCUGAGGCCACGUGAUAGGAAGCCAUAUCGGCGUGGGAUAACACAGCUCCCCUCGCUGAGGAGCUGGCGCUACAGGCACGUUGUUCUUGUGCCCUAUGGAAGGAGCUCGUUCCAGUUUGAAGACCCGACGCAGAGACCGCCACGUGGGUACUCGAACAUCCUUGGGGGCCUACUUAGGUGGUAUUUCCCUGGGAUAGUCAACUUCCCUACUGGUGGCUGCGACGUAGCUUGGAGGUGGGCGCACUACAGCCUCGCGGAAGAUCCUCUUGGCCGCGGCACCGCGGCGGAUAUGGUUGUUGCCAAAUUCUGGGUACGUGACUUUUGACUUCUUACCAUUCAUACACUCUCCUUGGUUCACAAUAAUUG